GUUAAGCAAAUUGCAAAAAAAAAAAAAAAAGGGAAAAAAAGGCCAUUUUAUGUCAGCGAUUUUCAUUCUGGUUUUCACCGGUUAAUCAGCCACUGCCGCUCUACCCAUUUUCAUUGUCACCGGUUAACCCACUGUAGAAGACUCCACCGCAGCUUUCCCUCCCCCCUGAGCUGCAAACCCCAAUCUUCUCUCUUUCGUUAAAGUGGAAUUAGAUUUUUGCCCUAUGAGAAUUAAAUCACAUAGCAGAGGACAUGAGAUGGACUGGCAUGUGAAUUAGAUUCUGAAUUAAAUCAAUGGUAGGCCAUGAGACAGAUGGAGGGUGGCAGUUUAUUAAUGUCUUAAUUCCAUACUUCCAGAUCGUUUUGCAUAGAUAAGAAUACGUGCUGCUGGUGAAAUGAGCAGAAGCAGAAAACGCAGUUCUAAGUGGGAUUCAAAAGAGGAAAGCCAACAUUCUCUUGAAAAUGUACGAGACAGUGCUUGCCCUGCGAAAGCCGGUGUGUCUUUUCAUGAUAGAGAAUCAGAACAUGGAUCUUUCUCUCUGGAGGUUGGUAGGAAUGGCAACAAGUGGUCUGUUGCUGGAGCCAGUGACGCGAUGAAAUCUAAGCGUGGACUGCCUUCAAGGGAAUCUUUACAUGGAAGCAGAGGUGGAGAAAACGAUGAUAAAAUCAAUGUUGACUGUGUAAAAAAUUGGAAAACUACAGCCCAAUUGGACGGGGAUGAGACUUAUAGCAUGAAAAUGUCACCUGGUCUAGAUGAUUGGAGGCAACAAAAUCAUCACCAUUCUCCUAAAAGUGAUUGGAGCAGAUCUCGCAGUUUUACCCAGAGGAGCAGGAGUAGGAGUAGGAGUAGGAGCUGGAGCCGAAGUCGUAGUAGAAGCAGGAGCCGAAGUCCAGUUCGUGGCAUCAGGCGGCAAUCGGGAUUCUCGGAGAGAACCAGAAACAGAUCAGGAGUGUCAACUCAAUUAUGUAAAGAUUUUAUGGCUGGGAGAUGCAGGAGAGGCAGUCAAUGUCACUUUCUUCACCAAGAUAUUCAAAGUCGUGAGGAUGGUUGGGAUAAUAGACAAAGGAGAGUUGGCGCUUCGAACUAUAUUCCUCGCAAUGAUUCUAAAGAUUACCUUACUAGGAGUGGAAGAUCUACUGAUUUCUGUACUAAUUAUCUUAAAGGUAACUGUCGCAGAGGUGCAUCAUGUAGGUUUGCUCAUGAUGGUGCUUCUGAUGGCUUCAGUAGAGGAUCGGUAAGUAGGGAAAGGGAAAACAACAAGAGGAACAGAGUUAAAACUCCAGAGCAAGAUGGUGAGCGUGAAGCUCAAAGAAGCAGUGAUAUUCCUUGCAAAUACUUUGUUGCUGGAAAUUGUCGUGAUGGAAAAUAUUGUAGGUUUUCUCAUCAUGGUCAGGCACGUGCGGGUCCUGAAAGGUCACUUGGUGAUAGGGGUGUAUGGGGUCAAGGUUCUGUUAGUGUGGAUAAGUUGCAGGAUGGUGCAAAACUGAGAGGUGCAGAUGCUUCAUUCAGUGUUGAGAAAUCUUGGAAUGCUCCAAAACGGGGUGACGAUAAUGCAUCAAAUGAAGCUGAGAAACCCUUGGCUAGUCCAAAAUGGAGUGAUGUUGAUGCUUCAGAUGAUGUGGACAACUCUUGGACUGGUUCAAAAUGGAAUGAUAGAGGUGCCUACUCGGGGGAUACAAAGUUGAGCAAGGACACAAAUGGAAAAAUGGCUGCCUCUGGAUCAAGAUUCUCUGGUUGGUCUAUGGAUGAGAGAUGGCAGCAUGACAAUGAUGUCAGUGGAAAGAACAGUGAGACUAAUGUGCAUUAUAAAACAGUUGAUAUUGACAAGGAUGAAGGAAUUCCGAGGAGGAUACAAAAUUCUGGUGUUAAUAUGGGUGUCUCUGAACCAAAAGAUUCUGAAGAGUUGCUUGGUGAUAUGGAAAUGUCCCCUGAGUGGAAUUACGGGAUCCAUUCAUCUGUUAAAAAGGAACAUUCUUAUAGUUCAAAAUCCACUGCUGUGGACACAUCUUUACCAACUAAUGAAAAGAACGUAACUGAAGAGGCCUCAGGUCAGGCAUGCAAUGGGCUGGCAGCGUUGCAGCCAAUUUCAACUGAGAAAUCUAACUUUCAACAGGACCACAUGAUGAGGGCCAGCAGUGCUGUAGCAUUGCCAUGUGACAGCAAUGCGGUUAGCAGAAAUGCUUCCAUUUCACUCAUUGAUGUAAAUUUUUCUACCAACGUACUGCCAAUGACAAGCUUUGACCAGCCUGGGCCAAGUUCAAGUUCUUUACCUUAUUCAAACUUGAAUGCAGUUGGACAAAGUCAAGUGGCAAUCCCUUCUAAUGAAGUAAAUAUGAAAGCUACACAAAAUAGCCUGCUGUUUCAAGAGGAGAAACCAAGCAACAAACUAAAUAUUCUGGAUACAAAUAUAUUACAUGGUAAUUCUGGAUCCCAGACAACUCAGAACAUGGUAAGCAAUGAACAGCUCACCCAACUUACCAAUCUUUCAGCCUCUCUAGCUCAAUUAUUUGGAAAGGGGCAAGUGACUUCUUUUUCGAACUGUGGAGGACCUGUUGAGCCAGAUUCUGUGCCAACUGUACAGCCAGGUCAAGACAUUACAUUCCCGAAGCAAUAUGACCCUAUAUCUGAUAGCAUUGAGCCUGCUAAGAAGCAAGAUACAAAUACUAAGCCUUUGGGGUUUUCACUACAUCCUGUUUCUCAGAAAAAUACUGCAGAUGGCAAACCGGAACUGUCAGCUAAUAGGUUGUUACCAUCAUCUCUUGUGGGUGGCACAAAUGAUGGUGAUUACCAUAACGAUCAAAGUUCCAAAAGUGAGCCUGGUUUUGAUAGCCAUAAGCCAAAUCAGCUGGAGCCUGCUGCAAGUUCUGAGGUGACAAAGGAAAAUGGAGGAGUUGAGGAAACCGAGAAAGCUGAAGAGGAGAAUAAGAAUGGUCUGUCAGAGAAAAUAGAUGCAGAUGACAGGACUGAUGAGGGCAAGAAGAGCAAGGAUGGUAAGGGAAUUCGUGCAUUUAAAUUUGCACUCGUUGAGUUUGUCAAGGAUCUCCUUAAACCAUCUUGGAAGGAAGGCCAAAUUGGCAAAGAGGCUUACAAAAACAUUGUGAAGAAAGUUGUUGACAAAGUUACUGCUACAAUGCAAGGGACUAAUAUUCCUCAAACACCUGAAAAGAUUGAUCAAUAUCUGUCGUUUUCAAAACCAAAGCUUGGCAAACUUGUACAGGCAUAUGUGGAAAAGUUUCAGAAAAGCUAAAAGAAACAAGGGAUCCAACCAUAUCUUCUUGUUUUAUUAUUUUUACAGUUAAAUAUCAAGCUAUCAUAUCUUUCUUUUUGUCCCCAGUUUUUAUCUAGUUUCUCCAGCUUCUAGGAAUGCUAACCUUUUCAGUUUAUGUUUAGGUGUUUUAUUCCUUGGAAGCAGAGUUAAGUAGUGAACUUUUAACUCCAUGUAGAUAUUUUAUUGUUUAUGUAUGAGAUGUGUGAGUAAUAUGUACCUGUUGUGACGAUUCUAAAUCUAGUGUCUAAAUCAGUGAUUGGUUACUGAAA